CGAACCAGAGGAGGAAAAAAAAAAAGAAAAAAGAAAAAAGAAACGCCUCAGCCAUGUCCACCAUGCUUGGCUGAGAUGGUACGAGCUCCCAGCCGCUGUCGCCUCCGCUCCUUCUCUUCCUCCUCACCGUCGUUUGCUGAAUGCUGUCGAUCCCGGCGGCUUCUCCCGCCCUCUCCCGUCGUUCUAGCGAUCUCUGAUCUGCAGCUGCAGCUUCUCAGAUGAAGUGGAGGAGGUGGCGAUUUCACCUUCCGGCGUUGUAAUUCGUAGUGUAGAUUCUUUGGCUUCGUUGAAUCGUUUUCUUCUGUAAUUGUCGCCUUGACGAUGGUCCGAGCAGGAGAGAAAUGCUUUGUUGUAUAAAGUCUCAAUUUUUAGCUGGGGCGACUGAUUCUCUGGCAUCAGUGUGCAGAGGAGAAAGCAAUGUCCGAAGGGGCCGCCGCACAGAUGUUAGUUGUCUACGACGAUGCUUCCGAUCAGCGGUCUUUCUCCUUAGACGAGACUAGCAGCGCAGACAACUCGCCCGAUGGUGCCGGGCUCUCGCUCGACACUGCGAACGAGUCCGUCCCGUAUAUGGGGCAGCGGUUCCCCACGCACGACUCUGCUUACGAGUUCUACAGCGAGUUUGCCAAAAGAUGUGGCUUCUCGAUUCGGCGCCACCGGACGGAAGGGAAAGAAGGGGUGGGGAAGGGUCUAACAAGGCGGUACUUUGUCUGCCACCGAGCUGGGAACACUCCCGCCAAGGCCGCGAAUCAGAGCAAGCCCCAGAGGAACCGGAAAUCUUCGCGGUGUGGUUGUCAGGCUUAUAUGCGGAUCAGUAAGGUCAUGGAACCGGGAGUGCUGGAGUGGCGGGUCACGGGGUUCUUGAACCGUCAUAAUCAUGGGCUCCUCGAACCGAAUCAAGUCCGGUUCCUCCCCGCGUAUCGCACCAUUUCUGAUGCUGACAGGAGCAGGAUCCUCAUGUUUGCAAAAACCGGAAUCUCCGUCCAGCAGAUGAUGAGGCUCAUGGAGCUUGAGAAGUGUGUGGAGCCGGGUUACUUGCCUUUUACCGAGAAAGACGUUAGGAACUUGCUCCAGUCGUUUAGGAAGAUAGAUCCCGAAGAUGAGACUGUAGAUUUGCUUAGGAUGUGCAGGAGUAUUAAGGAGAAGGACCCCGAUUUCAAGUUUGAGUACACUGUCGAUUCGAGCAACAGGUUAGAGAACAUAGCAUGGUCCUAUGCCUCAUCAGUCCAAUCGUACGAGGUUUUUGGUGAUGCUGUGGUGUUCGAUACCACGCAUCGUCUGACCGCAUUUGAUCUGCCGUUAGGUUUGUGGGUUGGGAUUAACAAUUACGGGAUGCCUUGCUUCUUUGGCUGCGUGCUGCUACGAGAGGAGAGCUCGCGGUCAUAUUCGUGGGCGUUAAAGGUAUUCCUUGGCUUUAUGAAUGGAAAGGCGCCUGCUACAAUACUCACCGACCAAAACAUGUGUCUGAAAGAAGCAAUAGAUCUCGAAAUGCUGACAACGAAGCAUGCGCUUUGCAUAUGGAUGAUUGUGGCAAAAUUUCCGUCCUGGUUCAAUGCGGUUCUGGGAGAACGGUACAAUGAGUGGAAGGCUGAGUUCUUUCGCCUCUACAACUUGGAGUUGGUUGAGGAUUUCGAACUCGGGUGGAGGGACAUGGUGAAUUCUUUCGGGCUGCACACGAACAGGCACAUAAUUAACCUUUUCACAUUUCGCUCAUUGUGGGCGCUGCCUUACUUGAGAAGCCAUUUUUUUGCCGGUCUGACUGCAACGAGCCAGUCGAAGUCGAUUAAUUCUUUCAUCCAACGCUUUCUGAGCGCACAAACUCGCCUUGCCCAUUUUGUAGAACAGGGAACUAGUUCCGUGGACUUCAAGGACCAAAGAGGAGAGCAGCAAACAAUGCAGCAGAACCUCCAGAACAUCUCCCUCAAGACGGGAGCUCCAAUGGAGUCCCAUGCCUCCUCGGUGUUCACCCCAUUUGCCUUCUCGAAGCUCCAGGAGCAGCUGGUUAUGGCUGCCCAUUAUGCGUCGUUCCAGAUGGAGGACGGUGGGUUCCUCGUGAGGCACCACACGAAGGCUGAGGGCGGGAGGAAGGUCUACUGGUCCCCACGAGAUGGGGUUAUAACCUGCAGCUGCCACCUCUUUGAGUUCUCGGGGAUCCUGUGCAGGCACUCUCUGAGGGUGCUAUCCACAGGAAACUGCUUCCAGAUCCCAGAGUUGUAUCUACCCGUUCGGUGGAGACGCAUCAGCACUUCCUCUUCCUUGAAGAGUCGAAACAGUAAUUCUCCUGACGACCAUGCAGAGAGAGUGCAGUUACUGCAGAGCAUGGUAUCGAGUCUGGUGACCGAGUCUUCCAAGUCAAAGGAGAGGCUGGAUAUCGCGACCGAGCAAGUGUCAGCGCUCUUGUCUCGGAUAAGAGAGCAGCCCAUCUCUUCUCCGGGAAUGCGAGAGAUCACUCCGCCCGCCAUUGAGAGGAUCGUCUAAUGCAAACUGCAGGAUCGAUCGAGGAGGGGUUGCCUUCUCCUGUUGUAAUAUGUAGUUUUGUUAAUUAUCUUAUGUAGUUUUCCACUGGGGGCAACUGCUUCGUCGGACAUCGACGGAAGCCCAUUUUGUAGUCGGAACCCAUUUUGUAGUCGGGAAAUAAGAUUUUUCCUAGGACUCCGACUAAGUACAAGUACAUAAUAUCGAGGAGCCUUUAUAGUCUUUAGAGCAA